AUUCCGACAGCCCAAUCGCAAAGUCUACAAUCUGUGGUAAUGUGGGGAGUGUUUCCCUGGAGAAGAGACGGCCAAGUGGAAAUUUGUUUGAAGUUUUCAAAAUUAUUUCCAGCAAAAGCAGGAUAUCGCUUUUAGAUUUUUUCAAAAAUAGGGGGAUCAAGAGUCUGGGGUUGCACGUUCUCUUUUCUGUUCCAUGAUGAUUGGUUGGUAGCAGCAAGAGGUGCAUACUGGAUGCUGCCAGACCUGCUGAGUUGGAUGUAGAUAAGGGACCAGGCAUUCUGAAGGCCACAUAAUUGUUUCUGCAGCUUGGAUGGGAGUUGAGCAGCAGAAUUCCUGAUGUAACAGAUUCUGAGGGAAGUUGAAGAUUCCACUGGGCAAUUCCUGAUGCUUGGAACACAGCGAAGAUGCAAAUGAUUGCACGGCAUUAUGAUUUGAGAAAGACCUUGGAGUUGUUCUGAUGUCUUGGACAUCCCUCAAACAGCAACACUGAUCACUUACUUCAGCGUCAUCUGUGGGAAUUUGCUGUGCAGAAGCUGACUGUCAUGGCUACCUACAUAACAUCAACAACGAUACGUCAAAAGUAUUCUGCAUAAGGUUGAAGACACGAGUACUCAAUGAUGGCUUGAAUUCAUUUACCAUGACUCCAAGCAGAGGCACCUGGAACUGAGAAUUGGCAGCUUUCCCACUAAUGGCCAAGGCUAGAGAUCAGCUGGUCUGCUGAAGCCAUGGGGAGCUGCUGGAGCUGUCUGGAUAAAGACACGAUCACAGACAACCACCCAACCAAAUUCAAGGUGACAAACGUAGAUGAUGAUGGUAAUGAGCUGGGUUCUGGAAUCAUGGAACUGACCAACUCUGAGCUAAUUUUGCACACCAGAAAACGAGAUGCUGUGAGAUGGCCAUAUCUCUGUCUGCGGCGUUAUGGGUAUGACUCCAACCUCUUCUCAUUUGAGAGUGGGAGAAGAUGUCAGACUGGGCAAGGUAUUUUUGCCUUCAAGUGUGCACGUGCUGAGGAGAUCUUUAACCUUCUCCAGGAGAUCAUGCAGUGUAACAGUAUUAAUGUAGUUGAGGAGCCCAUGAUGAUAUCAAGAAACACUCAUCCAACAGAACUUGAUCUACCAAGGACACCUCAGACGCCAACCACUCCUGGAUUUGCUAUGCCAGGACUUUCAAAUGGAUUCCCUUGUUAUCCACAAAUGGGUGAUGGCUCCUCUCACCCAUCAACUAGGCAUCCCUCUAUAGGAAGCACACGUCUCUCCUCAGUGGGCGAAGAUUCUACACAUCCUUUAAUCGUAGGUGGUGAUGAUCAGAUUCAUACAUAUGUGAAUACAUCCAAUGUUGAUGAGGAGCGGAAGAAAAGACCUUCUGUUCAUGGUCUGACAGAGGCACGGUCAUCUGUCUCUGAAAUGAUGCGAAGCCAUGCAAAUCACUGCCCUGCAACAGAGGACAGAGCUCCUCAAGUUCUCCUGCAGCCGGGGGAGGUCAAGUUUGUGCUAGGACCAACACCAGUUCAGAAACGAAUAAUGGAGCGUGAAAGAAUAGAGAGACAGAAAGAUCACGCAGAACAUGGUGGCAGUGGCUUGAGUUUUAUGGACCGAGAUAAUGUCCACGAUGGUGAUGAGCACAGCAUGGCAUGUGGGUCCAACAGUAAGAUGACUUAUGAGAAUAUCAAUGGUUUACUUGUGUCUGCUAGCACAGGGUUACGACGAGGACGGCUCAAGGUGGGUGGUGAUGGCCAGAACCUUAACAACUGUGCACCUAGGAAGACAGCCAUGCUGAACUAUGAAAAUCUGCCCUCUUUACCUCCUGUGUGGGAAAGCCAGACACAAAGGCGGGAGGAAGAGGACUGGAGUGACCCUGGAACCCCUCCACAAAAUGGAUACCACAAUAAUCUUGACCCACUGCGGAAUUAUGUCAAUACUGAGAAUGUAACUAUUCAACCUGGUUUACAUAAAGUAGACUUUACCCGGAGGCGGGAUUGCACCCCGAACGUCUUCAGCUUUGACUUUAAGCGUCCGUGCCCCGAACAAAGACAGUUAAAUUACAUCCAAGUGGAUCUGGAGGGUGGGAGUGACUCUGAUAACCCCCAGACUCCCAAAAUGCCCAGCACUCCUGUUCCGCCAACUCCGACACGUAGGACUGAGUUUUACGCUGUGAUAGACAUUAAAAAGACAGCUGCUAUGUCCAGUUUGCAAAAAGCACUACCAAGGGAUGAUGGGACAUCAAGGAAGACGAGGCACAACAGUACAGAUCUGCCGUUCUCUUCAUUUGUUGGGACCCACUGCUAGCCAUAAUUUGCCAUUAAAAUGAAUUCAUAGAAAAUGUUCUACUUCUGAAGUGUCAAAUAUGGUACAUUAUCGUCUACAUUUUCUACUUUGAGUAAAACUUUGCCUUUUUUUAAAGGGAUGGUCUCUGUUUAAAAGGUUCUAAGUACACAGGCAUUUCAAAAUGACUUUAACUUGUUACUACAUUCCUGCAGUGAUCCUUUGUUAAUGAUAUGAAGCUUGGUGGGCUGCUAUUUUCAAAAGGAAAUAGGAUCAUUUACUUUAAGAAAUGGAUUUUUUUUGAUAUGGCCUUUUUAAUGCUUUUUUGAAAUAUUUCAUGUAUAAAUCCAUGAAAACAGAUACUGUCUCUUUGAUCCAGAUGUUGGGAAGCUGUUUAAGCUGUUUAGUGACAGUCAUUGCUAUGCAUCAGUCAACAUUGUUUUGCUCUGUAUUGAAUAGUGAAAGAUGUAAAAGCUACACAGAUUUGCUCAGAGAAAUAACUGUCAAAGGAGUAAGGAUGUUUGCUACAAAUUUCAAAGGGUGCCUACUCAUUGGAAAUGCUUUUGCUUUAUUUAUCAACAAAAGAAUCAAAUCACAUUCAACUGGCCAAGAUUCUUAAAUGAUCAGUUCAUGUUCAUAAGAUCGGCCUUGCACAAAUGUAAUAAUUUGUGCUCCAUAAAUGCCUCUACGUUUAUCUUGUGAGUAACUGAUCUGAAUCUAGUAGGAAAGUUAACAGUUCAACCUGGUUGAAUUGACUGAUUUCUGCGAUGACAGCGGUUGGUUUGGGAGGGGGUGAAAAGCCAGCAACGUCGCUCUUAACUGCAGCCUCAUGGCACCUGGAGAAAGGGGGUAUACAUGGAUUUCAGGUGAAGUGAGAUUUUCGGCUCAAAUGUCCUCCUUAUUCAAGGUGGAACGCUUUGUUGCAUUCUUACACUUGAAUAGUGAUCACUUUCACAAAAUACUGAGGCAGGAUUGUGGAGAGUGAGCUCUUGUCUACUCACUUGCUCACUUCAAUGACUUGUGGGGAUGGAAGAAAAAGUGAGAAAUGGAAAAGCAGCAAAAAAGAAUUGGCAAGGUAAAUUUGACUUGAAAGGCAGUUGACGUUGUAUAAAAAUGUUGCAACCUAGGGAGUAUUUAAACCUGUUUCUUCAGAUAAGAAUUAGGGGUCCAAGCUGUAAUUUGAAAUUUUGGGUGAGCAAAUGAUUAUGUAGCAGUAAUUUCUACAGUAGAAUUAGUACUGAUAUGUGCAACGAGAUUUCAAUUUUCUCGAGUUUCCAGUAUGCCGCCUCUAAAUCAGAAAGGAAAAUAUCCCAAACGUUUAGUCUUUUUCCCACUAGUUACAUAAGGAGUUGUGUGUGGGAGCACUCUAUAUUUGAAAGUAUGUACCAUUCCCUUAUACAGGUUGCAUGAAUAAAUCUUCCAUCAAACGGUGAAAAUUCAUUGAACUGAAUUUCUGCAAUUUUUAUUGAACAUCCUUAACUCUUAUUUCUUGUUCUGUAAUUGAAUCUUGACAUUUUCAGGGUUCUAAAACAUUAUAAAAUGUGCCAAAAAAGUGCCAACCCUCCAAGCAUGAGAUAAGAUGAUGUAGUGUUUAACAAAAUCCAGUCUGUCUGGUUCCUUUGUUUACACUGAGACUUGCUUGUUCCUUUUGAUUGUUGGAACUUUAAAAUUAGUGACUUAUUUGUAUGUUGUACUUUGGCUGUAGUUUAACAAAAACACCAUAAUUCUUUCUUCAGCUUGAAUUUCACAUUUUAAUCCAACAAUGAGUACAAGAGUGUUUGGCCAUAAGCAUUUCUGCUGAGGUAUGUGGGAAUGCAAAUAUUGUACUAAGUUCCGGCACUGCAUAGCCUGACAUUUGUGUUUUGCUUGACUUUCUCAAUACAACUUUCAAAGCUGCGAUAUAUUUUCCAUGUUUCAAAUUUACUGGGAGCAAGUUGAUGUGUGUGUAAAGUAGCUAUGAAAAAGAAUGAAGGGCAUCAUUGCAUCCUCAAAAUGUCCGUUUUAAACUGAAAAUAUCACUUAGUGACAAUAAGUGUUUUGAUUUGAUGUUUAAAUAUCCCCCAUCUGUCAGUUUUAAAUCACAAGUCUUUUAACUAUAUUUAACGUUUAAACAUUUUUGUUUUAAAACUCAUUGCAAAGAUGGCCAUUGUGAUAUUGUUGAAUUUUAUUAAUUCAUGUGACAUUCCUGGAGUUAAUUGUAUUUGUUAUUCAGAUAGAAAAGGCUCUGCUUAAUUCCUUUAACAACUAUGCUAUCUACCCCUGUUUUGAAUUUAGCUAUUUUCACCUCUGGAGCAGGUGGUACUUGAAGUUGGCUGAGAGAGAGGGACACUACCACUGCACCACAAGAGCCCUUCCACUUUGAAUUUACAGUUACCAUGAUGUUUAGACGUAGAUGGUGCAGUAUUUUAACUUGUUCUUGUUUUAUGGAUAUUCUAUAAUAAAAAGGCUCUACUUAUAAAGACGAAUUUAGAAGAAAGUAUUACUGAACUUCUUUCCAUUAUGCAAUCAUAUUUUCACCUGAAAUUAAUGCCUUUCUUUGGCACAGGAACUGGUGUGGCACAUGUAGAAACUGUAGAAUGUGGCUGAGAGUUGGCGUUCCACACAGUGUUCUUAGAUCCCUAAAUUUGGUUAGCUGUGCAAAUAAAUGAAGCUUUUCUAAGCAGAGCGAAGAAAGUCAAAGUACUUCAUAGCUGUGCUCACAUAGCGCCAUUUGCUAGUUUAACAGUUAAAAGAUAUUCUACAUGUCGUUCAUUUAUGAGAAGAAAUGCUUGGGAAUCAUAAAAUAAUUCCAAAGUAGAGGUAUAGAAAACAAAAUGGAGUAUGUGCUGAGCUCAUCAAGUGACCUAGCGAAGUAAUGCAGUGAAUCUCUGGUUAUCAGGUCAGUCAGCUAAUUCAGUUAGGGUAAUUGUCCUCCGUGCUUCUGGGUUUAAGGGAAAAUGUAAGUUAAAAGUGGCCGCUGUGAGUAAACUUUGCAAUCCAGUGACUCCUGCUGCUGAUGUGCAUACGAGGAUGCCUGAGGACAAGGUUGGACUUGGUUAUGGUUAUCCUCUGUCUCCCAAAGUGAACUAUCAUAUUCACUGUCAAAUCUCAUCUGAUUAACGAGUAUCUUUUAAAUCAGUAUCUUUUAAAUGGGAAAACUGACAGGAGCAAAACAACAGCUGGAAUUUCCAAUUAGUCACUACCCCAGCAUACCACUAGAUGGAACUGAAGUAUCAUAAUAGUUUAGUUUACAAUUAAUUCUGCUCUAUAAUUUGAGAUUAGUGUAAACAAUAUUGUAUUAUAAUGAGGCUUAACAUUUCAGUCGUCCAGUCAUACAUUGUAUAUGUUUAAGUAUUUUCGUAUUAUGUUUUUAGCAAGUAUUAGUGAGAAUAUAUUGCAGCUUUGAAAUGUUUGUUAACACAUUUUGAAAACUAGGAGUUGCUAAAUUGCAUUUAUAUUUUCUGAUGUUGGGUAGAGUUGGCAAUUUUUAGUUUCUGAACAGGUUAAGUUGACUUCCAUUCAACAAGUAUACGUGGCCUUUGUUAUUUGUAUGUUCAUUUCAGGAUUGUCUGUAUUGUUCACCAUGGCUGUGAGGGAUUUUGUCCUUUGCACUGAAUUUGAACUACUCCAGUUCUGUGCACAACUUUUGAACUUCAUUCGCCAAAUAAAUGGCUUCACAGUAUUAUCUUCUGUAUGUAUGUACAUGUACUCAUCAGGGUGAGGUUAACCAGGGCUAAAGAAUGAAACUCACUUUUUCCACUUCAUGCCCUCUUUUGCACUCCUGGAUCGGGCAUUGUUCAAAACAGAUUUGAAGAUAAGCAUAGCUUUUAAGUCCUGAACUGCAACAAUUUGAGUUCUGUAGCAGUCUUUCUUGGUUUGUCUUAGAUGAAAAUUUCUAAUCUGUACCAGAUUAGUGUUGAUUUUGAGCACAAGAUUCCAACUAGAAACUGAAUGAAGACCAGUCGGAAUUUUUUUGUUUUUUUUUUAAUUUAUGGCCUUAAAUUUGUGGAAUUUGAAUCUAGAUGUCUAGGGGUGAGAGAGUACUGCUCUCGUCUGCCCUGCAGCCACAAAUUACUCUAAACAGCUGUUAGGUAUGGAGGUCAAAUGCUAGUUGACACUGAGACUGUGUCCAUUGUUAUACUGCUUAAACUACAGAUCACUUACAGCACUCUAAACCACUACCAGUUGUUAUUAGAGAUUAUUGUGUAGUCUGGAUUUUUAUUUGGGGUUUUCCACCAGCUCUCUUGUAAUUCAAAACCAUGCAGUUAACAUCAAACGAUGGAUGUUAAAAAUGAAGGAUGAAAGCUAAGUACCAUUGCAUGUCUUUGUUAUUCCUGGCUUGGCCAGAUCUAUAGCAAUUAAAGCUCCAAGUUGUACAAUGUUAGCCUUAAAAUACUGGCUGUGAUGUUUCCUCUGCAACUUGAGUCAGCAGGAUGUAAUGUGUUUUUAAUUUAAAUUUCAAGCUUAUCUCUCCUUACCAAAUCAUUUAGAAGGCCACUUCAUCUCCUGUGCCCAUUUUUUUGUUAAAAGGAAGAAUUUUGACCUCUGAUCAGUUGCUGAGACUGCUGAUUACAGUUGUGUUUACAGAUUAGCACUGAAGAUUCUUUUACAGCUCAAGUGCCUAAGUUGCCAUAUAGAUUGGCUGGUAGCAGGUGUCUGUUUUUUAAAUAUUAGUGUUUUCAUUUUGUGUUUGCGAGGGUGGGUAUAUUAGAAGUCAGAUGCUACUAAUGCCAAGAUUCAAAUAUUACAAAUAUGUUUGGAAUGUAAGGUUUUGCCUGACUAAAUCUGUAAAAUAAUAGAGGUGAGAAGGAAGUGCCUUAUCACUAAGCUAGUAAGAAAUUUUGGUGGAAUCAAGAUUCUUAAAUGCUGCCAUAUUUGGCUACAUAUCUGCUGUAGGGGUCAAAACAUUCAUGAAACUCUGCUAUUUGACCUUGAAUCAUUGGUAUUGCCACAAAUGUAAAAGUGGAAAGUGGUUUCAUUCUUCAGCACUGGUGACCAAGACACACUGAAAGUGUUUUUCAAAAAAAAAUGCUGGGACUUUAAUGGAAGUAUUUAAGUCUGGUAAUUUCAAUGUACUUUGUAGAGACUGCAUAUGAUUUGAUUUGAAGUGCCACUAUUAACCUGAUGGUGGCAUCUAGAUGCCUGUAGUCACUAAUGCAAUUGCGCAAAUUUCAUUGCACAGUUACUUUUAAAUUCCAGCGGGGUAUCUUCCCGUCAACUAUUGUGUAAAGUUUCAUGAAUAAAUACUCCGAGCAGGUUUCAGGCCAUACUCGUCAAUGUCUUAAACUCCUUCAUUUCUCUGCAUGUGCUGAUUUGCUGGCAGUUUUGUAGAAGUAUUUUGUGGUACUGCACUUAGGUACGUAGAUAUCUUUGGAUGCUGCUGUAUAUGUCUGCUUCUGUGAGCUUUACCAAGGUACAGAGGAAGGUAAUCACAGGAUUUUCUAAAUGUACACAGAACGCAUAGCACCCGAAGAACUGUUAACUGAGCUGAUCUGUAGCUAUUUGAAAAAUAUAUUAUACUCAAAAAAAAAACAAACUAUUGUUUUUGCUUUAUGCAGGGGGCAGAUUUGUUGCAUUCCUUAAGUAUAUUUUAUUUGGUGCAGAGGGAGUACAUUUCCUGAACUUGUACCUUUAUCAAUCCAUCAGCAGCAUUAACACUAAAACGUAGCCCCAGUGGAGGACUUCCCAUACACUCCCUUUUGAAGAAAACUUACAUUGAACAGUGCAAUUAGAUUUAUUUUGUCCUGUCUCCAAAUAAGAAUGUGAUCUAAUUGUAUUGGCAUCCUGAGAUGGGUACCUGAUCAUUUAGAACUUUUUUAUUGCAUGCUUUGUUAAUUGUUGUCUUAGUUUUAACAAACUGGAUGUUUGUGACAUUUUAUUUUCCUAAUUUUCUGCAUGCACGUUAUAUAUUCAUGCAAAUCUGUAAUGUAAAUUUAUGUCCCAUUUCCAGUCUUAAUCCUGUGGUUCCAGUUGCUUGUGUCUGUGACCAAAUUCAGAUCGGUCAGAUUGCAAUAAAUCAGUUAAUUUCACAUUUGCCAAUAAUUUGUUUUUUACGUGCUAGGAACUGUGAUGGCAUAUGUUAAUUCUGUGAUUAUCUUAUUUCCUGAGCUGUGAUAUUCAUGAGUUUAUAAACUCUGCUGUUUUUAACUCUUUCCAAUCCAUGAAGUGUUCAAACCUACUUCAUGAAUUCAUAAAGGAUCGUGGUACAAACUAUUCAGAGCUGCUUGAUUUGAUAAAUUGAUAUUAACCAGUGAAUAAUCUGGUUGGAUUGUAACCAUUUAUAAUUUAGUCAAGUGGGAUUUGAUUGCUGUCAAGAUUUUGCACAUCUUUUUUCCAAAAUACUGAUAACCUCUGCACUAUGGCAACGUUGUGAAAACUACACAUGCUUUACAUUAAAAGGUAUUAUUAACUCUGUUUAAUAAAGGUUAAGCCCAAUAACUAGUUACCCGUUUAAAUUGACCAUCGUUGUCUUAACAAUCAUCAACAUUUUCAUUGCUGUCUCAAAAACACUGUUUGUGACCUUAUGGAUAAGGAAAGGUUAAAUGCAAUUAAUGACCUAGUGUUCCUUAGGUAAACUGUAGGUACGCUUAAGCAGAAUAAUUGUAUUGUAAUUUCAGUCAAAGUAAUUGUAGUCUGAUUCUAAAUAUUUAUGACUUUAUUAAAGUGACUACACUAAUAAAGAUCCCCAUUAGGGAUGAACAAUUAAGUUGGAUGUUUCUGUUUUAUGGAAAUCAGGUUAUGUUUAUAAAUGCAUUGUAUUAUACGGUACUGCAAAUGUUAUGUUCAAACUAGCACCAUUUCAUACUUUGUUUAUAUGCUGUAUGGAAAUGUAUGAAAUAUAAUGAUUAAAUGUUGUAAGAGCAAUGCUGUAUCAUACUUUAUUGGCCUUUGAAAAUGGCAAAUAGAAUAAAGAAAUGGACUAAAA